CGGAAAUAAAAUAACCUUUGGCUCUCUCUACUUUUCUUUACUUUUUCAUUAUCUUUGACAUGAAGAUCUCGGUUAUUAUCGCUCUAUUAUUCACAGUAGGUUUGAGUUUUGCACUAAACCCUAUUGUGAUCAAAGGAACCAAGUUCUUUGAUUCUGUUACAAAAGAGCAAUUUUUUAUCAAAGGUGUAGCAUAUCAACCCAGAGGACAAGUCAAAGAUGGCACAAUGGAUCCCUUGGCUGAUCCUGCAGCUUGUGCUCGAGAUGCUCCACUGAUGGCCAAACUAGGUACCAAUGUCCUUCGUGUCUAUGAGGUUGACCCUAGACGUGACCACGAUGCAUGUAUGAAAUCAUUUGCGAACGCAGGAAUCUAUCUACUACUCGAUAUUGCCACACCUCACUACUCAAUCAAUCGAAAGGCACCUGAAUACACCGUUCAUCUUUAUAAUGCUUACAAAUUAACUGUCGACGCGUUUGCAAAAUAUAAUAAUUUACUUGCAUUUAUUGCAGGAAAUGAAGUGACAAACGACAAAACCAAUACGCCGGCAUCUGCUUAUGUGAAAGCCUCGAUUCGAGAUAUUAAACAGUACAUUCAAUCAACUCACAAUAGACAAAUUCCUGUAGGUUAUGCAAGUAAUGAUGAUGAAUUUAUCCGUGAUCCCAUCAAAGAUUAUUUCAAUUGUGGAGACGAAGACACUCAGGCUGACUUUUUUGGUAUCAAUCUGUAUGAAUGGUGUGGAGCUUCAAGUUUUGAAAAGUCUGGAUAUAAGGAACGUACAAAAGAGUUUGAAGCCUAUAGCAAACCUGUCUUUUUAUCCGAAUAUGGUUGUAAUUUGGUGACACCGCGACAAUUUGCUGAAGUUGCAGCAAUAUAUGGACCACAGAUGACAAACGUUUGGUCUGGAGGCGUUGUUUACGAGUGGACACAAGAAAACAAUAAAUAUGGCUUAGUAAAGAUCAACGGAGACGGCAAAGCUGAAGAAUUGCAAGAUUAUCACAAUUUGCAGGCCCAAAUGCUCAAUGCUAAGCCAAAGGGAGUGCAUAUGGAUAACUAUAACGAGCAACGAUCCGCAUCGGCCUGUCCGGAGAUUUCUGAAAACUGGAAAGCGACAGCCCAACUUCCACCUACGCCUUCGGACGGGGCAUGCGAAUGUAUGGUUGAAAACCUUGGAUGUGUUGCCUCUGACAAGGUCGAAGCUGCCUCUCGACAGGUGGGUAAUUCUACUAUUGGAGCUCAAUUGGACAUUAUGUGUGGAAUCACGUCAUGCGCCGAUAUCAGCGGUGAUGCUGAAAAGGGAGAAUAUGGUGCUUUCUCUUUCUGUUCUCCUAGAGACAAGUUGAGCUGGUUGUACAAUUUGCAAGCAAUGCAAACCAAGUCUUGUCAGAAUGAAGGCCUUGGACAGGAAGUAGUACCAAAACGACACGACAUUCAAACCUGUGCAAAUGUUGCACCCAACUUUAAUAGUCCUAUUGGGUUUCCUUCAGCUAGCGGCCCUUCAACCAAUGCCUCAUCUUCAUCGUCACCAUUAUCUUCCUUCUCCUUAGUUUCUGCAAUUAUCCAAUCCGGUGGUGUCUUUUUCGCAUCUGCGCUGUUUGCAAUGGUUGCGGUUCUAUUCACAUAAAGUUAGAAAAUAAUCAUAAUAAUAAACACAAGGCAUCGCUUUUUCUAAUAUUCACAGUUAUUUCUC